GGCCGAAACAUCUAAACCGCAAAAGCUAAACCGAAGGAACCAAAACCCUAACCCCCUCUCCACUCCCUACCGAUCUACUACGCCGCUGUUCUCUCUCCUCUCCUCUCCUCUCCUCUCCCAAACUCGCUUCCUUCAUUUCCACUCUCUCUCUCUAAACUUCUCAACUUCCAAUGGCAGCUAUGCUGCAACCCCAGAUCAUCUUGCUGAAGGAAGGCACGGACACAUCCCAAGGGAAGGCACAGCUGGUUAGCAACAUAAAUGCUUGUGCUGCUGUCGCCGAUGUGGUUCGCACUACGCUCGGUCCCAGGGGUAUGGACAAGUUGAUCCAUGACGACAAAGGCAAUACUACUAUUUCCAAUGAUGGUGCCACCAUCAUGAAGCUUCUUGAUAUUGUUCACCCGGCGGCUAAGAUCCUUGUUGACAUUGCCAAGUCACAGGACUCUGAGGUUGGUGAUGGAACCACCACGGUAGUUCUGCUGGCAGGGGAGUUUUUGAAGGAGACCAAGCCUUUUAUUGAGGAUGGGGUCCACCCUCAAAAUCUGAUCCGGAGUUACCGCACUGCAAGCAAUUUGGCAAUUGAGAAGAUCAAAGAACUUGCUGUUAGCAUAGAAGGAAAAAGUCUGGAAGAGAAGAAAAUUUUACUGGCAAAAUGUGCUGCUACAACUCUCUCUUCAAAGCUCAUUGGUGGAGAAAAGGAGUUCUUUGCAUCUAUGGUUGUUGAUGCUGUCAUUGCAAUUGGCUAUGAAGACAGGCUAAAUAUGAUUGGAAUCAAGAAGGUUCCAGGAGGUAAUAUGCGGGACUCCUUCCUUGUAAAUGGUGUAGCCUUCAAAAAGACCUUCUCAUAUGCUGGGUUUGAACAGCAACCGAAAAAGUUUUUAAAUCCCAAGAUUCUUCUGUUAAAUGUUGAAUUGGAACUAAAAUCGGAGAAAGAAAAUGCAGAAAUAAGACUUUCAGAUCCAUCACAGUAUCAGUCGAUUGUUGAUGCAGAAUGGAACAUCAUAUAUGACAAAUUGGAUAAAUGUGUGAAGAGUGGGGCCAAAAUUGUUCUUUCUCGGCUGGCUAUUGGUGAUCUAGCCACUCAGUAUUUUGCAGAUCGGGAUAUAUUUUGUGCUGGUCGUGUUACAGAGGAGGAUCUGCAGCGAGUUGCAGCUGCAACGGGUGGAACUGUACAGACAUCUGUUAAUAACAUUAUUGACGAGGUUCUUGGGUCCUGUGAGAUUUUUGAGGAAAAGCAAGUUGGGAAUGAACGGUUUAACAUAUUUAGUGGAUGCCCAUCAGGUCUGACAGCCACUAUUGUUCUACGCGGUGGAGCUGAUCAGUUCAUCGAGGAAGCAGAACGGAGUCUACAUGAUGCAAUCAUGAUUGUUAGGAGGGCUUUGAAGAACUCUACUGUGGUUGCUGGUGGUGGUGCGAUAGAUAUGGAGAUAAGCCGAUACUUGCGGCAGCAUGCACGGACAAUAGCUGGGAAGUCUCAGCUUUUUAUAAACUCUUAUGCAAAAGCUCUUGAGGUUAUCCCAAGACAACUCUGUGACAACGCGGGCUUUGAUGCAACUGAUGUACUGAAUAAACUGAGACAAAAGCAUGCAUUACAAUCAGGUGAAGGUGCACUCUAUGGAGUAGAUAUCAACACUGGUGGAAUUGCUGAUUCAUUUGCUAACUUUGUGUGGGAGCCAGCAGUUGUCAAGAUCAAUGCCAUAAAUGCUGCUACUGAGGCAGCUUGUCUUAUCUUAAGUGUGGAUGAGACUGUGAAAAACCCAAAGUCUGAGAGUGCACAGGGAGAUGCAGCAGCAAGUGCCAUGGGUGGUAGAGGGCGUGGUGGAGCUGCUUUCCGUGGUGGUCGUGGACGAGGAAUGCGGAGGCGAUAGGCUUUACAGAUUUUGAAUUUUCAAGGAAUCAUUUUCUUGACUAAAAGUUUUCGACAUAGCUUGGGUUUUAAGAUGUAUUUUUGUUUCAUCUUUACGGUUUUUUUUUUUUUCCAAGCCUAAACUCGGUGUGAUUUUAAGUUGUAUUUGCAUGUGAUCCUUCUCCAACGGCCGAGCGUAACGAACCUCAAGUAGCUUUUUGACACUAGUUUCUUUGUGGAAUGUGGCUUCUAUCCACCCUAGUUGGUUGUGCAAUGUGGGCUCAAGGAUAAAUUUGUUUGGUGUAUUAGGACUGUUACAUGAGCUGGCCGGAAUUGAAGCCCUAGCCUUUGCCUUUUAUUCAGAUACAAUUUGAAAUUUUUCUUACUUGGAUGUAAGAUUAAGGUUGUUAAAUGAAUCAAGCUAUUAAGCUCAUAUUUAGGGGUUAUUUGGGGUGUCUUAAAUAAAUGUAUUUUUUGCCUUUUUAGACUAAAAAGUUGAGAA